AUGCAUCAAAACCACGCUGGCAUGGCUAGCAACAUGGUCGACCCCGGUCUCCUCGACAAGAUAGACAAGCUUUUUGCAUGCGGUGUCGGUGACACUAUCCCUCUGCCACAGCUCGUCGUUGUUGGCGAUCAGUCAAGCGGCAAGUCAUCCGUUCUUGAAGGCAUCACCAAGCUGCCCUUUCCUAGAGAUUCCGGCUUGUGCACCAGAUUUGCUACGCAAAUCACCUUCCGCCGCGCCCAGGUCACCAGCACUGUUGUGACCGUUAUCCCUCACAAGGGCGCUACUCAGGGCUAUGCCGACAAACUCCGUGCUUGGAAGAGCGUCACCAACGCUAUUCUCGAGCCGGUCUCGUUCUCCAAGACCAUGCAAGAGGUUCACAAGCUUAUGGGCCUCGCCGACACUCCUGCGGACGGCGAUGGCAAGUCGACUUUCUCGGAAGACAUCCUCAAAGUCGAAGUCAGUGGUCCUGAGCAAGAGCACUUCUCUGUGGUCGAUGUUCCUGGCAUCUUCAGAACUGCUACCAAGGGCAUGACUACCCUCGCAGAUGCAGCCAUGGUCAAGUCAAUGGUUCACCGUUACAUGAUCAACCCUCGUUCGGUCAUGUUGGUGGUCAUCCCUGCUAAUGUCGACAUCGCAACUCAAGAAAUUCUUACUCUCGCAGAAGAGGCUGAUCCUGAUGGUCACCGUACACUUGGCGUGCUGACCAAGCCCGAUCUCGUUGACCCCGGAGCUGAGAUCGGUGUUAUGCAGCUGAUCAAAGGCGAGAAGCACCCGCUCAACCUCGGCUGGUGUAUCGUACGCAACCUAGGCCAGCAACAGAUCCAAGACGUUGCUGCCGAUAGAUCAGCUGUUGAGAAGGCUUUCUUCCGCGACAGAGCUCCCUGGAACGAGCUCGACCAGGACCGCGUCGGUGUUGACGCACUGCGUAUACGUCUCCAAGAGGUUUUGGCUAGCAACAUCCGCCGCGAGUUCCCCAACGUCAAGCGCGAAGUCCUGCACAAACUCAGUACAGCCAAGCGUGCGCUCAAGGAGCUGGGAGAUCAGCGUCAGACACCUGACGAACAACGUCGCUUCGCUAUGGACAUCGCUUCGCGCUUCCGUGAGAUCGUCAGUUUGGCACUCAAUGGCAAUUAUUCCGGUAACAGCUGGUUCGACAACGAACCUGACCUGAUGUUCGUGACAAGAGUCGUCAACCGUAACGAGGUGUUUGCCAACGACAUCGAGAAAUGCGGUCAUACCUAUGGAUUCAAGUUCGAUUACUCUUCGGCCGAGAACGUCAAGCAGGACGUCAUGAGCACUGGCGGCCAGGGUAUUCAGUUGCGCACUAUCAAAGACCAUGUUGACCUUGAGGACUUGAUCACAGGCGAUCGCCGCAUCGACGACAAGAUCUAUGGCAACAUCAUUGACUGGCUUUCAGAGCUCUACAAGGGCUCCCGUGGUUUUGAGUUGGGCACCUUUGACAAGAACUUGCUGUCCAGAACCAUGAAUGCUCAGUCCGUCAAGUGGGAGCCACUUGCUCAUGGGUACAUCUUGGAUGUCAUUCAUAUGGCACACGGCUUUGUAGCCACCCUGCUUAGACACGUCUGUCCCACUGCACGAGUCAGAGACGGAAUCAUGUCUGUCUUGAUGGAGCCUCUGCUGGAGACGUACCGCCGUGCUCUGGAGCAGGUCCAAUUUGUCCUGCGCGUUGAGAAGAACAAUCCACAGACCAUCAACCACUACUUCAACGACAAUCUGGAGAAGAGUCGCCAGAAACGUCUUCGCGCAUCCCUUGAGAAACAAGCCACCGUUCACCCCUCUCCCUUCGGCGUCGCUGGCGUUAGUCGUAGCAUGAUUGCCCUCGACGAUAUCGUGCAGAACCACCCCAUGUCAAACGCUGAGCAUGUCGUCUACGAAGUUCAUGACAUCCUCAAGGCCUACUACAAGGUCGCCAGGAAGAGAUUUGUCGACAACGUCUGCAUGCAGGCCGCAGAUUAUCUUUUGGUCACCGGACCAAACAACCCUCUGAAGCUCUUCUCGCCUCAGUUUGUCAGCUCCCUCACUGACGACCAGCUCGAAGAAAUUGCUGGCGAAGAUGCCGGCCUCAGAAGAAGACGUAUCGCUCUGGCAAAGGAGGUAAAUGAUAUGGAGGGCGGAAAGAAGAUUCUCGCAGGUGUCUCAUAA